AAAUCACAUUUUAUUUUAAUUGCUAAACCUGAAAUGGUUGACCAUGACCGAAUCAGCCGGCAAAAAUUCGCAGGCCUGCUUUAGAAUUGGUACAAAUUCAGGUCCAGAAGCUAACAAGGAACCGUCAGCGUCAGAUUCAAAAGUGCAGUACGAGCCGGAGUGGUUGGAAGAAGAGGAAGAACUUGAAAACAUUUACCAUAUUGAAGAGGAUACCAGCGGAAAGUUUAAAUACAAAUGCAGUCUUGAUUUGCCUUGUAAGCUAUUUGGGUUCAUCAUUGGACAAAGAGGGUCUGUCAAAAUUGGAAUUGAGCAAAGCACAAAAACGAAGAUUUUUGUCCCUGGCAAGAGCAAUGACGUCAAUGGGACCAUAGUUAUUGGAGGAUAUGCUGUUGAUGACGUUCAAUCUGCUUGCCGCAAAAUAUUCCACAUUGUUGAGACCAACAGAAGUGCGGUGCGGCCAACUCAUUUUGUAGGCAUCGCGAUUGCUUCUCCAGAAAUCAAGAAAUCGUUUGAAAUUUUCAAGAAAAUUUCGCCUCUGAAAACCAACUUGAUGCAAGCAACUGAAAAACUGCACAUCACCCUUGGUAUGUUGGUCCUCUUGAAUGUGAGUGAGAGAUCUGCAGCUGCAAGUAUCAUUGAAGAUUUCGUUCAUGAAAAUUUGAGGCCAAAUUAUCCCAAAUUUAAACUCCAAAUCAAGGGCUUGGAAAUCAUGGGCGACGACCCCACAUCAACGAGAGUGCUUUAUGGUGACGUGGUCAAAGAUGAAGUUCAUGACGAGUUUCAGCAGCACUGCCAGGAGCUUCUCUCUCGGCUUGACAACGCUGGCUUUUUGAGGAGAGAUAAGUUCCAAGCAAAUAGAGAUGAUGUCAAGCUUCACAUGACUGUGGCAAAUGCGACUUUUGCUGAGCGACAGUUCCCCCAGCAAAAUUCUGCAGAAGCUCCCGACAAACUGAACUUUGCUUUUGACGUGUCUGACGUCUUAUCUAAACUUGGCAACUUUGAAUUUGGAGAAUGUGUCAUCGAGUCAUUGGAUAUUUGUGAAACUGGAACUUCAACUGAGGAAGAUGGCUACAUGAAGGUAUCGCAACACUUCCUCGACCCCAAGAAAGCUUCCCCUGAUACUUAUAUUUGCAAAUAAAUUAAAUAAAGGAUAUUUUUGAAUUAUGUAU